AUCCUGUCAGAGGUGCUGGGAGUGAGAGCCGGAGCCGAGCUCUAAAACCGGAGCAAGGAACAGCAACAUUUCCACCGGCGAGCAGGAGGGGGUGGGGGGGAAAAAAAAGAGGAGGGGGAGAGAGUUCCUCCCCCCAAAAAAAAGGGCCAACCUCCGUACGAUAUCACUAGGGAGCGUGAAAAAAAAGGAGAGAGGGUGGGGAGGAAAGAAGAGCCAAAAAGGAGGCGAUUCUCUCUCUCUCUCAUACACUCUUCGCUCCCCCCGCCUCCACCUCGGAUCUCCACCCCCCUCCCCCCCGACAGCCUGUACCCUCCCCUGGGCCUGAUCCCUCCCUCCCUUCACACCACUCCCCUCCCCCCUCCCUCUAUCCCCGUCCACAGACACAGACCGGGGCCCUCCGUCGCAAUGAGCCCGGCCGACGCCAAACGGGCGAAGAGGAGAAAAAAUAAGCGGGGCGGUGGCAAGACAGUGAGCCGUCAACAAAAAACCCUGACGCCCUCGUCCAGCAACGGGAGUAGCGGAGGAGGAGGCAGCGGGACCAACGGCACCUUACACGGGGAGGUUUCUAUAAAUGGCGCACAGCUGUCAGAUGGAACUGUGGGAUCAGAGUUCGCAGAGGUCCCUCAGACACCCUUCACUUUUGGCCUGGGUCAGAGAGCACCGUACUCAACAGGAGAAAGAUGUCUUCUGUGUCGAAGUGAACGCAAGGACUCUUCACUCUCGGAGAGUGGGAUUACAAACCCAAAUAAAAUGGCACUUUCUACAUCUCCAAAAACUAAUAGCAUGUUGCACCUUCCACUGUGGGUUUGCCCAGAUUGUAGGCGUACAGUUGAAAAGGAUGAUCGGCAAGUUUCUCUCGAGCAGUCUCUAGUGAACCAGGACUUCUUACUGCAUAUGCCAAUGGCUAAUAAUGGAGCACCCCAGGACUCAAUAGGUGGAAGACUGGCUGUCGGAACACAGUCUGUACCUGGUACGGAUGUCAAUACGACCGCACCUUCAGAAAUAGCUUGCAACUGUGAGGCAUGCAAUGAACGCAGAGAAAUAUCAGCAGAGAAUGAGCGUGAAUCUCAACAGCUUCAGCAUUAUUGGUCCGAGGUACGAUACAUGGUUCGAUGUAUUUAUCGCCAAGCUGGGACACCGUUAGCUGAUGAUCAGGAUCAAUCGUUGGUGCCAGAUAAGGAGGGAAUGAAAGAACUGGUAGACAGGUAUCAGGAAGAGAAGGCCCGACUUGAGGCUGAAGCCCGUGAGAGAGAACAGUUACAACUACUGGAGGAGCAGAGGCGGCAGGAAGAGGAAGAGCGGCUAAAACAGGAACUGCAACGGCUUCAAGAGCUGCAGCAAAUAAGAUCAGCCAAGAAAAAGAAAAAGGAGAGAAUUAAGGAGUCCCAAAAAAAUGAGUGCUUUUUACAAAAUGCACGUUUAAAGCAAACUGCUGUGGAUCUGGUAAAUGAUAAUGGCAAAUCCCAGCAUCCAGAUACUGUAGCAAAGCCUCCCAACCCACCACCCCCACAAACAAACAGCAAAGAGGAGCAGAGUGUUCUGCCAGAAUCUAGUACAACACAGCAGUCACCAGCUAAUGGGAAAGACCCCAGACUGCCCCAGGCUCCAUCUCAGCGGGAAGCAAAGGCCAAGCAACCAGAAGCCAACAUCAGCCUGGAACUCUCGGUCCACAAUGAAGUAAACGGCAAGCAGAAGGUAAAAUCGCAGGUGGUCAAACAGAGUACUGAACGGCCAUUGAAGCCAACUGAGGGCUUCAGACCCUGCGAGACGUACCCAAAAAGCUCAGCCAAGUGUCAGGCAGAAUUGGGAACACUCAAACCAAAGCUGUCUGAGUGCCAAAUGGUGGCAGAAACCAGAAAAGAGGAGAAAAAAGGAGUUAAUAGCAAUGGGAAGAAGCUCAACCAUGUGAAAGAAGAAAAGGUGUUAGCAGUGAGUGAACCUGCCCCUUCUAAUGACCAACAACACGUUAACAAAAACACUGCGGAAUCGCCCCAGCCCAAAGGAAAAACCAAGAAAAACAAAAAGAAGAAAGGCGACAAACUGAACAACUCUAUCGAUGAUGUGUUCCUCCCUAAAGACAUUGACUUGGACAGUGUGGAGAUGGACGAGACCGAGCGGGAAGUAGAAUACUUCAAGAGAUUCUGCUUAGAUUCAGCCCGGCAAAACAGGCAGAGACUCUCCAUCAACUGGUCUAACUUCAGCCUGAAGAAAACCACAUUUGCUGCUCACUGAUCAGAUUAAGAGUUCCCGACUUGUGACUCCACUGAGUAUUCUCACUCGAAUAUACAGUACUCUGCUGUGCUGAGAGCUAACCAGGUUGUUCUGGAACUGCCUUGCCUUUUUCUGCCCUUCAUCCUUCUGCCCUCACCAUCCCAUCUCCCCACUGCUGUGUGUGGUUCUGCACUGGGAUUGGUGCAGGGCGCCUUGGCCGUAGGAACUUCCUUACAGUGUUUGGAGAAAGAGUUGGCCAGAUGUCGCUCCACGUACUCCUUACCUGAUUUAUUUUUUCGUUUGCUUGUGUGUUUGUAGUCUGUGAGUGGGACUUGUUCAAAAGUAGUCAUAACCUGCUCGGGUUGGAACUCAAACAACCUUCUGUCUCUGACUCUUCUUCCCUAGUGUCUGCCCAAGCAUGUGCUUGGGUGAAGGUCAGUCUGUUUGUUCCCUCCUUUGCAUCAAUCUGCCGUGACUUUUUAUUCACGUCUUGCAUUCAGCACUGUACAUACAAUCCAACUACUGACAAAGGAAUGGACUUCAUCAAUUUUUAUUCGUCAUUGCUCCAGUGUUCCCUCAACGAAAUGGUUUGAACGAUGGGAAUGCUCAUGCUGAACUGGGCAGUGAAAUCCCAGUUGCCUCCAGUACUCCUUCACAAAUUCACUGUUUAAAGUGUACAAGGUUACGCUAUAUUGUGUUUGAUUUCUGACUUGUAGCCAGCUUGUGUAAGAAUACUUGCAGAAUGAAUUCAAAAGAACAAUGCUCACACUAUCGACCUGUUAUAGAGUGUAUAAUUGUAUUAACACUGAAGCCUAAACUGGCUACUUUUUUAACAUAUUGUUAAGUAAUAUUAAAAAAAAUCAUGUCUUUCUUUUUGAAAGAUGGAA